UGUGUGAGGCCUGACUCAGCGUUACAUGACUUCCUGUACUUCCUGUGUGUGUUUGCAGGCUAAGGACAGCGAUGAUGAUGAGGAGGUGGUGCAGGUCGACAGGGACCACUUCAUGGAUGAGUUCUUCGAACAGGUGGAGGAGAUCAGAGGCUGUAUAGAAAAGCUGUCGGAGGAUGUGGAGCAGGUGAAGAAGCAGCACAGCGCCAUCCUGGCCGCCCCGAAUCCUGACGAAAAGACCAAGCAGGAGCUGGAGGACCUCACAGCUGACAUCAAGAAGACAGCCAAAGUUCGCUCAAAAUUAAAAGCAAUCGAGCAGAGCAUCGAGCAGGAGGAGGGUCUCAACAGAUCAUCAGCGGACCUCAGGAUCCGCAAGACACAGCACUCGACGCUGUCACGUAAGUUCGUGGAGGUGAUGACUGAGUACAACACCACGCAGUCCAAGUACCGCGACCGCUGCAAGGACCGCAUCCAGAGACAGCUGGAGAUCACUGGGAGAACCACCACCAAUGAAGAACUAGAGGACAUGUUGGAGAGUGGCAAGCUGGCCAUCUUCACCGAUGAUAUCAAAAUGGACUCUCAGAUGACCAAGCAGGCUCUGAACGAGAUCGAGACCCGACACACCGAGAUCAUCAAGCUGGAAAACAGCAUCCGCGAGCUGCACGACAUGUUCGUCGACAUGGCCAUGCUGGUCGAGAGCCAGGGAGAGAUGAUUGACAGAAUUGAGUACAACGUGGAACACUCCGUCGACUACGUGGAGCGAGCCGUAUCCGACACCAAGAAGGCCGUCAAAUACCAGAGCCAGGCCCGCAAGAAGAAGAUCAUGAUCAUCAUCUGCUGCGUCAUCCUGGGCGUGGUCCUGGCGUCAACCAUCGGCGGCACGCUGGGCUUCUAAGACGCUCUGCUGCCUGCCGCCGCUGUGACGACCAACACCGACCGACCGUCUGACCGCCAGCAGAGAAAAGAAACACCGACGACGACAACAACACAAAAACUUGAAACACAAAUGCAAGACAGAUAACCAAUCAGCUAGAAAGAGAUAACAAUCCAAUCACAGAUAAGAGGAAACACCACGGGGUGGGGCGGGGUUCAAAAAACAAAGACAAAAAAAAUCAACAGUAAAACGCCAUCACAUUAUAGCUGACUUAAAUACAUAAAGUAUACAAAAAGAAGGUACAAAUAAGCCUACUAUUUAUUACAGAUGUACAUGUAAAUGUAUUGAACAUAUGAAGCAACACAUGGGUUAGCUACCUGUAAAAAAAAUAUGACUUAUAAUAUGACAUUUACUUGUUUGUUUGUUUGUUUUGCCUUUUUUCUUAUUUUUUAACAGUUUCUUUCGUUUUUCGGGAGUCUCCGAGGACAGUGAUGGUGAUUGCUGCUGGGCGGGAGUUCUACGGGACGAGCAUUCCAGAGCCAAACGUAACUUCUUUGUUUCUGUAUUUCCCAGCAAAGCUUCUGGAACCGAGCACGUUCUGAAUAAAUGUGCUCGGCUUUCCAACAAAGUGCUGUCCUGCUUAGAGGACGAGAGAGAAAAAUCUUUUCAGCUCCGUCAGAACGUUCUGGAGCUCUAGAACUCUGCGCUGCAUUCUUAGACGGAAUGUUUGGGAGCACAGACAGGAACACACUGAGGUUUCUGAACAGUCAGUAAUGCUCGAGUGUUCCGGAAUGCGUCAGUAAUGCUCGAGUGUUCCGGAAUGCGUCAGUAAUGCUCGAGUGUUCCGGAAUGCUGUCCCGCAGGACAAGCGCCCGCGGGCUUUGGUAGAGCCAACUUUAUCCCCUUGUUUCUGGGAGGGAGGGACCGACCUCGCCAUUGGCUCAGCUGCCUCUUUAGACCACCUCUGAUUGGUUGCUCACUCCUGUCAUUCACCUCAGUCACCUCCCCUUUUUGUCACAUGUAUCCAACCAAAGAGCAGGGGGAGGGAGGGCCUCUGGGUUCCUGCUGAAUUUGAUUCGAAAACGUGACGUUUGACUGACGGGUGAACGGUGGGAAGGAUGGGGGGUAGGAGGAGGGGGGGUUUAAAGGAGGGUGGGAGGAGACGGACGGUCAAUCUAUGCAGUUUAGAUAAGAGGAAGACGACUUGUCCCGCCUCCCCCACUCAAGAUAGCCAAUGAGGGUCGAAGCUCAUCUGUAGAGAAGUCGUAGGCCGGGUGUCAUCUCUACGCUGUCACAACUGUUCUUACGGAAGAUUCUAAAAAAUGAAGAGAACACAUUAAAAAGUAAAGAAGAAAAAUAAAUAAAAUAAUUAAACUUUAUAACAAACAAACUAGAUGGACAGAAAAUGUCGAAACCUCUGAAGACGCUGGCGUGCCCUGGUUACCUGAGUGUCGUGGUAAUAUCGUUUUUGUUUUUUAAUGGGGAACGUUUGUUGCUUCGUUGUUCCGUGGUGCUGCUGUUUUAGUGCGUGCGUGACGUGUCCCGUGACGUAUCGGCCUGACAUCAUUUAGAGGUUACUGUUUAGUCCGUAUGGUUUGAUGCAUUUGCCUGUUUCCUCCCUGCAUCCCUCCAUCUCCUGCCUGAGUGUGUGUUUGGGGAUUGUGAUUCACACCGUUUAAAUGCCUGAGUUGCACAGGUGCUACUGAACAGGAGAGGUGGAUUUUCUCUGUGGAAGAUGGAACAUGUGACACACACACAUUCACAUAAAGUUACAACAUGGCACUUGCAUGAACACUUCAUACAAACCUUUAACGUUUCACACACAUGCUGGAAAAUCCCCCCCUAACAUACACACUUCCCUGUGUUACAUAUCACACGCGUGUUAGACUGGGUUGCUUAGCAUGCUUUAGCGUUAACUAGUGUUACGUGUAGAUUGUGUAGAAGCUGCUUGUUGGAAUUUGAUCACAAGUUAUCUGGUCUUUUUAAUGCUAAAGACACUUUCUGUGUGUCCAGGUCAGUGUUGGGGGAGGGGGAGGGGGGGUAAAAAUUUAUUAAGACAGGAAGUGUGAAAGUUUGGUCUUGACCUCACAAAUAGUAAUUUGACAAAAUAAUUUGAGCUAAUGGUUUACUUAGGGACUGUUUGUUAUUUAU